AUGCAUUUGCUAUUCAAAAUACUACAUCGCGACUCCUUCCACUCAAUUGCGCUAAAGCGUAUUCGUUCCUCUUCCUCAAUUCCUUAUCCCCAAAUUCUGGCUAAUAGCAACCAAGAGCAUCGGACUAAAUCGAACCAAAACUUCCCCAUACCCCGCAGCCUGAAGCUACCCACAUCACCUCGGCUGGAGACAGGGUGUUUACUGUUUCAACUAGCUCAGCCAGUGCCACCCUAUGAUAAGGACGGACUCCAUUUUGGACUUGAGUUGGACUCAGCUUGUUCUUUGUUCGAUUCUUUUGCAUGCUGGGAUUCUAAUACGUCCCAUUAUGAUGCCUAUCAAAUCUCAACACACAUGAGCGUAAUAUUCUCAACUAGCUCUUUCUUAAAGGCUCACCACGUUCAGGAAAUCAACUAUCUGCAGAAGCUCGGCGUGAAAGCUAGAGACUCGCUGUUGGUUUUCACGCCGAACCACAUCUUAGAUCUGUUACAUAUCUGGGGCGGUAUGUAUAGGUGCUGCGUUUUCAGGAGCAAUCCCUGCCUUCGAAGUAACCGAGGUUUCCCUCAUCUGCUCACCUCUCCUCAGCACGGGUCUCAAAGCGGCAUCACAAGCGUGUAUUCCAAAGUUUUGAAUACUCCUCCUUCAGAUGUCCAAAACCUGUCAACUACCGGGCUUCAAGUCUGGCGAAUCUUUGUAGGCACGGAACCUGAAUCACUGAAUCCCGCACACAUUUCGGAACUACCAAUUUCUCCUUUGGAGCAACAGGUCUUCCCAAAGUGUUACGGUUACCCAUUCGGACUUGAUAUGGAACAGGGAGCAAAUCAUUCCGAUACAAUUUCUCGGAACGCUGACUUGGGUUCCUACCUCUGUACCAUGCAUCUGACAAACAUAUGCCGUUCCAGAUUGGGAAAGCCUUCCACCGCGAAGAAUAUCACCAACAAAUUUAAAACCAUAAGGUCUAUAGAGCCUUUCACUCCCUAUUUGAGGGGGAAUUUUUCAGAUACUGUUGUGAAGAUAAGAUACCCUCCAAAUCACUCCCCUAAUAGUGGUAAAGCUAAGCAAAAGCCCUCGAAAUCUCCAAAUACAACCUCUUUUCUGUCCGCGAAAUGCUCUGCGGUUGGGCGCCCCUCGGCGGAGUCUUCAAAGGCUGGGGGCUCAGCGAAACAAUAUGCACAGUUACUGGUGUUCGUACGGACAUGUAACCUCCCAAGGGAAGAGAUGUUGCUACCUGAAAUCCCAGAGCUUAUGAGCGGGAAAUGCAAAAGGAAGCAAAGCACAGUUGUGAGUAGGUUCGCGAUUUCUUCAAAUACCUGGGACUACUCUAGGGUAGUUUUAACAGACAGGCUCUACCCUAGAGCUCAUCUUCGGUUGCAUACCUCGACGAAGCAUGCUUCCUCUUACCUAUCUUUCCACUCGCAUAACAUCCCAUCGCCACUCCAACUGCUAUCAGCCUCUCCCUUCUCUAAGCCUCGCUACUCCUUCAUCUGGUCUCGCUUCAAGAGGCAGAAGCGUAUCGAACGUUCCAAAUCUUUCUCCGACGUUGAUCCGGAGGUCUUUCGCUUAGCUCACGCUCUUCUCCUUUUCUCCAGCUUCCUUUGCCAAUUCUGGCUUAGAUCAAGUGUAGUAUCUGUUCUAGUUCGAGUGAUAUCGAGCUCGUGUUUACGGACACAGUUUCAUAUUACUUCAUUUUUGAACCUCGUCUUCCUCUCCCUGAGCUUGCUCAUAGUUGCAGACACAGUGACGCUGGCCCUUGCACUGCCGCUAGCUGUCGCGAACCUCCUAAGUCCUUAUUGGGUUGAAGUAAAGGCGCAUGAGUGUGGAUGGUUUCAGGGUGCCUGCCGUGUUGCCACCAAAAAGGUCAAGCGUGAGGAGGCUGAGCGGGGCCAGCCUGGUGUCACACUUUAUUCCCUUACGUACCCUGGUCGCAUUUCGCUCUUGCUAUUGGUUAGUGAGAAACCCCCUGUGCGAAUAGCGAAAGGCUACAAAUACUACCUAAAGCCAAAUGCGAGCCGGAAAUGGGCCCCUCCGAUUUCUGCUGCGUUUCAUAUUCUCCUCCCUACGACAAGCACAGUGGGGAUGAAUAGACGGGGAACGCAGGGCAAACUCUACACGAUCAAGACGCAAGCAGCCUGUAAGAAGGAAGGCAUUGCUUAUGCUCCGCUUCCAAAGGGCGUCGCCGGACACGUAGUUGUAUUUGCGACAAUAGCUUCAAACCCCUGCGGCGAUGCGCGGUAUUAUCCAAUUGCUCCUACCGCAAGGAGUCCGUAUUCUUUCCAGCUUCACCUACGCCACUACAAUAAUCAAUUCAUCGGUCCUCCUUCGGCCCUUCCUCUAUAUUCAUAUCUCAGGGUGGAAGAGCACGUUACCCCAUUAGAGAUGCUAGUGGGGGUUAAAGGAGACUUCGGUGAGCAUCUCAUGUUAAAGAACGAGUCGGUAGACAAACUUGUGUCAGCCCUGCGUACAAAAUAA